UCUUUCCCAAAGAUGGUUAGGAGGACACAUUCUUUGACGUAUCUUGUUAGACGGAUCUGAGCCUUGUAUUUCCAGUGAUGGAGCUGAAGAUGUCAUCCUCCAGGCUACAUUCGAUUGGUCCUUCGAAACGCCAUACGUCUCGCCGCGGGAGCGCGCACGCCCUGGAAGGUUAUCUAUGGCAGGCGCGCUCCCGCGGACUGCACCGUUAUGAUUCUAGGAGCGAGCGACACCGAAACUAUGCCAAGCGUUCCCGGGACACCGAGCUCCUCCGCCUUCAACGAUCCGUCCUGAUUUCUGAAUACAUUACUGAAAACAAAGUCUACGAACGAACAGUCAGAUGAUAUCUCUGGAAGCAAAAUAUUGAGAUGAUGUUUUAUCUUCCAGACAAGGUGUAGGUGUGAGGUGUGAGUGAGUCAGGGAGAGAUGGAGGUGAUCAGAAGAACACACUCGGACUCUAACGGUCUGUUCUCGGACCAUGACUGUCAGGUAUGAAGCUGUGAUUGAAGCUAUGAGUGUCAUUACUGGAGCUGCACAUGUUCUCCUCUCUCUGCAGGACACGGGGGCUUGUGGACGGACCACUGGAGUGUGUUUGUGUGAACAUCAGCUCCCACAGGACGACUCCAGUGUGAAGUGUGUUCAGUGCGGUAACAGAGCCAUGAUCACCAGAUACUCAGAGGGUUACGGCACAGAGGAGGAGUGUGUCCAGCCUCAUCUUCAGGGAGACAGCGAUGCAGACGCAGACAUCGAGGACACGGACAGCAGGCUCCAGAUUGUGGGCUCCCUCCAACGAAUCAGCUCCCGGAAGAGAAAGCGUCAGCGAAUCACACGGCAGGACACAACAGAGAGCGAAGACGAUGGUGGGCGGAGCCACAGGACGCACCGCUGGAGUCUACGACUCAGUCCUCAUCGCACACAUAACAGGACCAUCCUGGAGGAGAGUGUUUCUCAGGUGCGUCCGCUGGUAAUCUGUCGCUGUGCUGCUCGAGAGACCGUCCCGGACCACAAACCCCACGGUGGACGAUGGCUCCUGACACUGUUCCCCGUUCCUCUUUCUCUCUCUGUGUCCUGUUAUCUGCUCAUCGUCCCUCUCUCCGUGUCCAUUAUCAUCGUUCUCGUGUCUGUCCUCCUGCCGCUCACAGAUACUUGACAUUGCCUUGAGCAUCACUGCUUAACCCUCUUCACAGUGUAGAUCGAUUCAUUUCUUUUAGUUGUGUCUAUGUUUACUGUGAAAGACCCUUUUAUACAGUGUCAUCUAUAGAAACCACAUGAAGAAAAAAGCUUUGGUAAAUCAUUAUGAGAUAAAAAGUCGAAAUUGUGACACAUCAUGUCAUAAGGAGAUAAAAACACAUAAUUGUGACACACUGAGUCAUAAUUAUGAGAUAAAAUCAGAAGUGUGACACCAAGUCAUAAUUAUAUAAAACGCCAAAAAUAUGACAUACUUAUAAACUAUAACUUAUUACAUACAUAAUUUAUAGUUUUGAGAUAAAAAACAAAAUGUCAAACACAGAGUCUAUCAUGAGAUACAAAAUGUCAAAUAAUGACAAAAAUCACAUCAUACCAAGUCAUUAUGAGAUAAAGAGUCACAAUUAUAAUUGUUCACAUUUAUGAGAUAAUAUAUAAAACAAUUAAAUUAUGAGAUAAAUAUAAAAAAUUAUCAUAAUCAAGAAAUAUUUAAAAUAAUGACAAAAAUCAUGACAAACUAAAUCAUUUUGAGAUAAAAGUCAAAAUUAUGAUAUAAUAGGUCACAUGUACAGUAUGAGAUAAGUCAAACCUAUGACAAAAAUCUUAAAUCAUAAAAUAAGCCUUUAUUUCUUUUAAAAUAAUAGCUUAGUAUGGCAUAUUUAUAACUUUUUAUGUCAUAAUUAUGACAUUAUCUUAUAUGGUGUAAAUGGGCUCCUGUAGCUGUUGGACACCAAAGACAUUUGAAAGCACAAGGUGAUCAGGAGUGUAAAACUGCACUGAUACUGUAUUUAUGUGAGGGAAUACUGUGUCAAAAAGAUGUUUCCACAUUUAACUGUGUUUAACAAAGAUAUAUAU